AUGGCGGUUCUUUUGACUCCGCGGUUCCGUAGCCUUGGCAGCCAGAGCCAGCUUCCCGGCCCAGGGCGGAGCGUGUCGAGUUUCGUGAGCCCUAGAGAUGUUUUCUGCCGGAAAAGGAGGACAGGAUGCUCUGGUCCUUUUCAAGCUACUCAGCUAUGGGAUGGUAUUAUUCACUCCCUUCAGACUCAAGUGGAAAUAAAAAGAAGGAGGCAUCAUUUACGAACAUACAAAGACUGUUUUACUGGUUCUGAUGCUGUUGAUGUAGUACUGAGUCAUCUUAUGCAAAAUAUGUGCCUGAGUAGUAAUGAUAUCUCUCGUCUUAAAGGAGUUCGUCUUUGUCAAGUUCUAAUGAACCAUAAAGUAUUUGAACCAGUAGGAAUGAAGCUAUUCAAAAACGAAAAGGAAUUGGAAUUUGAGGAUUCAAACAAUAGUCUCUACAGGUUUCUAGGGAAUAAAUCAUCUUAUGUUUUUUGCAAAAGAAAAAAGGAUUCUGAGACUGGGUUAAAUGAUGAAAUAAAAGCAAAGGAAUCUUUAAGACCAGAAGGCAAAGUGAUUUCAAAUCCUCUAGCACAAGAGAUUGGUGAGGAAAGAAUUGAGGAACUUAUUGAUACAAUGAGUGGGACUCUGGCUUUACCUCCAAACAUCACAGUUGACAAACCUGUUCUUCCACUUUCAAAAGAAGAUGUUUGGAAACAGCAAACAUUGCUACGUAUUCUUCAACUGAUUCACAUUCCAUUCUUAGAAAAUAUUUUGGAGCCUCCAGUUAAAACACAAAAUCUCCAAUUAAGUAAAGAGGAAGAUCUUGUUAUCUCAAACACUUGCCUCGACAGAGAGGUUAUUCCAAGCUUAUGUCUACUUGAGAUUGAUAACUGGCUUAAUGCAGCAAUUGAAUGCUUGGAAUAUUUCCCUGACCAGUUAAUAGUUACUGUCAGCCAGCAGUUAGUACAAAACAGAAAUGAAGAGACAAGAUUGAAUACACAGAAGAAGUUACUCUUUGAUGUCAUAGUAAAAUAUUAUAAUCAAGAGAGAGAUUGCUUAUUAACUGAUGAGUAUUUUGAUAUUCAUUCAGGAAUUAUUGAACUUUUAGAAAAUGAGAAAAGAACAGAAGCACUUGAAGCAACACAACUAUAUCUAAGAUUGUUGUUGCCCAACGUUAGAGAAGAAUUACGACGGCUACUCACUUUUAUGGUGAUUGCAUCAGAACCCAAUGCCUACAAAUUACAAAAACAGUUUGAUAACAAAACGGUGGUCCUGAAAACUCUUGCCAAAGCAGUUUUGCAAUCCAAAUCAUUAUUAAGAGUACGGGCAGAACAACUAGUCUUGUUUCUACUGGAGUUCCACUCUGAGCUCUUCAAGGUAUCUGGCAUUUUGCCUGGGCACAUUUAUUACUAA